GAGCAGAGAAGGCAGAGGCAGGCUCGUACUUCCACAAGGGCCACAACAAUUCACCACAGACAUUAAUUGUCUGAAACCAAUACCUCACCUCUAGAAAAUUACCCACACAAAAAAGUUAUUGCGCAAAAUACAAAUUAAGGAUACUAUACAAGGCUAGCAAGGAGAAAGGCCAGAAAAUUCAAAACAAAAGUCUGAAUCUACUCAUUAAAUUUUUUGAAGUGCAAGAUUACCAGAAAAGCAGAAAAUGGUGUUCAUCACUGAAGAAAGUAUCAAGGAAUUUCAAACUCUGAUGGAAGAAAUUGCUGAGCCGCUCAAGAAGACUUUUCAGAAUGUGCAUCAAGGAUACCCAUCUGGGACCCUCAUCAGGUUUCUAAAAGCAAGGGAUGGGAAUGUCUCCAAAGCUCAUAAAAUGCUUGUUGACAGUUUAAACUGGAGGAUCCAAAAUGAAAUUGAUGAUAUAUUGACGAAACCUAUUAUCCCCACUGAUUUGUACAGAGGACUGAGAGAUUCCUAUCUUAUGGGAAUGUCAGGAUACUCAAAGGAGGGUCUUCCUGUCAUUGCUAUUGGUGUGGGGCUCAGCAUGUUUGACAAAGCAUCUAUUCACUACUAUAUUCAGUCUCACAUCCAAAUGAAUGAAUAUAGAGACCGUGUGAUAUUGCCUUCUGCAACAAAGAAAUUUGGGCGACAUAUCAGCACUUGUAUAAAGGUCUUGGACAUGACUGGUUUGAAGCUUUCUGCAUUGAACCACAUCAAGAUAACGACUGUUCUAUCUACAAUAGAUGACCAGAAUUACCCAGAGAAGACAGACACUUAUUUCAUUGUAAAUGCCCCAUACAUAUUUUCAGCGUGUUGGAAGGUAGUGAGACCUCUUUUGCAAGAAAGAACAAGGAAGAAAGUUCAAGUGCUCUCAGGGAGUGGAAGAGAUGAGUUAUUGAAGAUUAUGGAUUAUGCAUCUCUCCCACAUUUUUGUAAAAAGGAAGGCUCUAGCUCAUCUCGGUAUUCUAGAAAUGGAACAUAUGAUGACUGUUUCUCCUUGGACCAUAGUUUCCAUGAACAGCUGUACAACUACACAAAGGAGCAAGCUAAGCUCCUAGAGGCUGAUGCACUCAUCAAACAGGGUUCAUUCCAUGUGGAUUUCCCGGAGCCAGAUCCAGAGGGUGCCAAGAUUGCUCAAACUAUAGAGACAGAGUUCCAGAGGCUUGGGAAUCAAAAUGGGGUUUCAAAUUCAUUACGUGGCAUCAAGAUCAAUGCUGACUGAGCUGGAGAUCAUCUGGUAGUAUAAAUCUAAGGUGAUUGCAUUUUGGGACAGCUCUGAAGCGAGCAGAUUUAAUUAUAGAAAACAGUUUUAAACGCCUGCACCAUCUCAUUCGCAGGUUCUGGAUUAAAGCUAAGCUAAGUCGUAAGUAGAUAGUGCCAGUCUCUGGGUAUAUAAUCCUACCAUUAUUCAUAAACGUUGUAGAAAUCCUGAUCCAGUGUUCUAAAAGAAUUCCAAUUACAUGGCAAUACUGCUGAUUCUGCCAGGCCUAUGGUGCCUCAUUCUCAGAUU